GUGUGUGUGUGUGUGUGUGUGUGUGUGUGUGUGUGUGUGGAUGGUGUGUGUGUGUGUGUGGAGUUAGCUUAAACUAUGAGAGAUUCAGCUGAGACGCUCACAUAGUUGAGGUGUGGCUUGUUAGAGGCUCCAGGAAGGAACUAACUCAGGUUAGCCAGAGGCAGACAGAGUAGAACAGAACAGAACAGAACAGGAGCAGCUGAGGCGAGUUCAUCUGAGAGAGAAAGUGAGCGAGAGUGAGUGAGUGAGCUAUGGCAGACACAGAACUCAAACCAGAGUCAAAACCAGACCAGAAACUCUGCUGCACUGUUUGUUCCAGUGCUCUCAAUGGUGACAAAUCCUCUACCUGUGGCCACUUAGUCUGUGCCUCCUGCCUGGGCAGGAAAAGUAAGGGCUGCCCCCAGUGUUUACAAUGCUCUGGCAAGCCUAUACCGGCAUCUGUGGAACAGAACGGAACGAUGAUAGAAAUAGUGGCUGAGUCUCCACUGGUGAUCAAAACCGAAGAAAGAGAGAAAAGGGAUAUACAAACCCAAAUUUCAAAGACACCAGACAAGGCAAUGAUACGGGAAGACCUGAAGGAAUCAGAGGACCCUAAGACACCAGACAAGGCAAUGAUACGGAAAGACCUGAAGGAAUCAGAGGACCCUAAGACACCAGACAAGGCAAUGAUACGGGAAGACCUGAAGGAAUCAGAGGACCCUAAGACACCAGACAAGGCAAUGAUACGGAAAGACCUGAAGGAAUCAGAGGACCCUAAGACACCAGACAAGGCAAUGAUACGGGAUGACCUGAAGGAAUUAGAGGACCCUAAGACACCAGACAAGGCAAUGAUACGGAAAGACCUGAAGGAAUCAGAGGACCCUAAGACACCAGACAAGGCAAUGAUACGGGAAGACCUGAAGGAAUUAGAGGACCCUAAGACACCAGACAAGGCAAUGAUACGGGAAGACCUGAAGGAAUUAGAGGACCCUAAGACACCAGACAAGGCAAUGAUACGGGAAGACCUGAAGGAAUUAGAGGAAGAGAAAAAUAAAGAGAGUGAUCCUCCACAGCCUGCAGAGGAAGUGAAAGAGGAUGUGGGGGUUGGGGUGGGAGACACAUUAAAGGAAGAGAAAGCAAAAGGAGAGGUGAAAGUAGAGCCGUUGGGGCCCGAUGAUGUUGUGUGUGACUCGUGUAUGGAGAUGAGCCCGUGCCGGGCCCUCAAGUCCUGCCUCACCUGCCUUGUGUCCUACUGCGAGGCCCACCUUAGGCCUCACCUGGAGAACCCCAAGUUCCAGAACCACAGGUUGGUGGAGCCGCUGAGGGACAUCGAGAGACGGACCUGUGAGACCCACAAGUGGCCCCUGGACCUUUUCUGCUGUGCCGACGCUGUGUGUGUCUGUCAGGACUGUGUGACAGAGGACCACAGGGGACACAACACUGUGCCUGUGAUGGAGGCACGCAGAAACAUUGAGAGGGAACUACUAGAUAAGCAAGCAGAGAUGGUGAGGACAAUGACAGCAGCAGAGAAUGCCAUCAACAAACUUCAAGUCAACACGGUCUCUAUUGAGAAUUCAGUGACGGAGGUCCGUGAGGUGAUUGAGAACCAGUUUACGGUGCUCCAGGCUGCGGUGGAGCGGGCCAAGAGAGAGGUGACGGAGAUCCUGGAGGGAGAGGAGAAGCAGGCUCUGAGACAGGCCGAUGGGAUCAAGGUACACCUGGAGCAGAGGUGCACUGAGCUGAAAAAGACACAGGCGCAGGUGGAGAAGCUCUCCAAGAACAAGAAUGACGUGGACUUCUUACAGGAGUAUUCUGAGUGGAAGAAGGACUGCUCCGACAUCCCCCUACCUGGGGUCUACAUCGGCCUCGUGGACCGGCUCAACUCCUUCAGCAGAGAGAUUGUUACCUCCACACAGGAGCUGUGUGAGCUGCUGCUGUCCAACUACAUUGAGACACUCAAAGAGACCUGCAAAAAUGACAUGAUGGGGAUUAAAACCACAGUCCAUGAAAUAAUCGCAGCCAAACAGAACAUGGACGUUCCAGACCCAAAGACGCGGGAGGACUUUCUAAAGUAUGCCAAUCCUGUGAGUUUUGAUGCAGACACGGCCCAUAAAUUCCUGCGUCUGACUGAGGAAAACAGAAAGGUGACCAACACCACACCCUGGCAACACCCGUACCUCGACGUCCCUGAACGUUUUGAGAGCUGGCGACAGGUACUGGCCACAGAGAGCUUCUAUGUCGGCCGACACUACUUCGAGGUGGACGUGAGCGGCGAGGGCACGUACGUCGGACUCACCUACAAGAGCAUCGACCGCAAGGGUCCUGAAAGUAACAGCUGCAUCACCGGCAAUGACUUCUCAUGGUGCCUCCAAUGGAAUGGGCGUAGCUUCUCUGCCUGGCACGGUGAUGUGGAGACGCCUCUAAGCGUGGACAAGUUCACACGCAUUGGGGUCUAUGUGGACUAUAGCCGUGGAUUACUGGCUUUCUACGGGGUGGAUGACGUCGUCGGCAUGACCCUCAUCCACAAAUACAAGGCUGAGUUUCUGGAGCCCCUCUACCCAGCCUUCUGGCUGUCGAAGAAGGAGAACGUGGUAGUGCUUGUUGAACCUGGAGAGCCGCUGACACUGAAAAGCCCCUCUCCCCCUAAAAUACCCCUUAAGACUGACGUAGCACCCCGAAGCCGUUUCACAGUAACUCUUGUUGUUGAACAAUGAUCAAUUCGUCGGUAGUAGUAAUUUUCUCCGUCGAGCCUGAAAAAGAUUCAGAAUGCAGGAAACAAUGGAAAAAGAAACCAAAAUCAUUAUCAGGUGACAAGAAACCUCACGAGAUCUGUAUAUUAUGUUCUAAAUGAAAGUUGAAUAUUUAUAAUAUAUUUGUUCCUGUUCUUGUUGUGUUGCGUGACUAGUCUUGGUAUAACGUCAGUGGUUAGGUUACAUCUAAUGUGAUGGGUCACUUUCUAUUCAUAUUGUGUGUUUAAAUCUGACGCAGAACAGUUUUGAUACUGUGACUAUUUGAAUGGGGGACUUCUUUGGGAAAUGUUGGGACUGCUGUUACUGUUUACUACAAACUGUGACUUUGGAAUGUACUGUAUUUGAGAGAUGCCACAGUAAAUUAAAUUAAAUUGUAUUUGUCAACUGCUUGGUAUGUGUUA